AUGGCCUCCUCAACAUCGGUUGACGUUCUGCCCACAGGCUUCAGGAUCUUCACCACCCUUCCUGAUGUGUUCUUCAUCCUUGAGUUUGUGUUCGGGGGUUUGGUCUGGAUGCUGGUGGCAUCGACUCGCAUCCAGCCAGAAAAUCCUCUGGGCUGGGUGAUGUUCGUCUCUAUCUUCUGCUUCAUCAUGACGACAGUCUGGUUCUUCAUCUUCCUCUGUGGAGGCAAUCAGUCCAGCAUGUGGCCCUCCCUGGAUGUGGGUUAUCAUUUUGUGGCUGUGGUUUUCUACCUCAGUGCAUCUGUGGUUCUGGCGUACAUCACCUUUAUACUAGGAAGUGCUUCGUCAAUUAACAACCAGGCAUUUCAAAGAAUCUUCCAUCUGGACAUUGCUGCAGUGGUGAUGUCUCAUUUGGCCACUCUCGUCUACUUCAUCCAUACCAUCCUCUCUGCUAUUCGAUGGAGGAGGUCCUAAAAAAAUGCCACCAACAGCAAACACACAGAGGACCAAAAACAGAAGAAACCAAAUAACCAACUGGUCUUUUACUGGACUAAAUACAGAAUGACAUUUAAAAUAAACUAUUUUUUAUUUUCAUCUCAGGCGGUCUGUGAAAGCAACCAAGGGGCUAAAAUGUCAAAUUAAUGAAUGAAUGAGCGGAAAACAAGCAGGUUACUGAUAAAUGUUAAAAAAUGUCAGUCAGAAAUAAAUGUGGUAUAAGGAAAGUGUGUAUAAUUAAUCAGUGUGUAUAAUUAAUCAAAAGUCUUUAGGAGUAGGUACUGUAUUAGAAUACAUUGAGACAUUUACCCUUAAAGGGUCAGUUCACCUAAACUAUGAAAAUAACCCCAUAUGUUCUGUAUAUUACAACAAGCUCUCACAUUAUUUCUAAUAGUUUGAAUAAAAUUGUUCACAGGUUUUUUCAAUGAUACCCACAGUGACCAGGACAAUGUUGCUGAAUUUCAAAAGUAUAAGCUCCAUAGAUUAGACACUUUUAAAGAGGGUUACCUCAAAACCUGGACAAAUUAAUUCAAAACUAGAUACCACAGUAGGUAAGGUUGGUGAUUUGACCCUUUCAGAUAUUUACAAGCCUGUCUUGUUAGUUACUAGCAAAUGGUGGCCCCAGCUGGUCAGCUUACAUGUUAAAUAAGUACUCCAGGGAUUUAGUAUUGCACUUGACUCGUGAGAC